AUGGAUGUCGGUAUCCAGCGAGCUCUGAACGACAAACUAUACGACAAACGGAAAGUUGGAGCUCUUGAGCUUGAGCGAGUCAUUCGGGAACUGGUUGUAACUAGAGACUACCCCAGAGUCCAGGCCAUCCUCGAGCAACUAUGUAACGAGUUUGCCUACGCUGUACAUCAGCCCCAUGCUAGAAAUGGAGGUCUAAUCGGCCUGGCUGCAGCCGCCAUUGCCCUUGGUCCUGAACUGCCUCGUUACCUGGAAAAGAUAGUGCCGCCAGUGCUAGCCUGUUUCACUGAUCAAGAUGCCAGGGUCAGAUACUAUGCCUGCGAAGCCAUGUACAACAUUGCAAAGGUCGCCAAAGGCGAGAUAUUGAUUUAUUUUAACGACAUCUUUGACGCACUCUGUAAGCUUGGGGCCGACUCCGAAUUGUCCGUCAAGAACGGCGCCGAGCUUCUUGAUCGUCUCAUCAAAGAUAUCGUUUCGGAAUCGGCUGCUUCCUAUGUAUCUGUCCUCGAGGGAGAGUUGGCCCAGGAAAUCACCGACAAGGAAGAAGUUGAGGACCGCCCUCCCCCACCUACGGCCUUCUCCCUGCGCCGUUUCAUUCCUCUGCUCCAGGAGCGCAUUUGGGUCAUCAAUCCCUUCACUCGCCAGUUCCUUGUGGGCUGGAUCACGUUACUGGACUCCAUUCCCGAUCUAGAGCUGGUGACCUUUCUCCCGGACUUUCUAGGCGGUUUGCUCAAAUUUUUGAGUGACCCCAAUCGUGAUGUCCAUGUCGCCACUCAGUCAUGUUUGGACAAGUUUCUCAGCGAGAUCAAGAGGAUAUCCAGAGUCAAAAAGGGCAUUGCCGAAAGCAAAAAGUCUCGCGAGGGCGGGAAGCGCAAGCGUGAGGAGUCGGUCGAUUCGGGUAGUGUCCAAAUCGAGCCUGAAGAAGGUGAUGAAGUUUCCUCCCAGAGCGAUGAUGACGGCAGCGGCGAGGAGGACUGGAUUCCGGGCCAGGACGUUCAGGUUAACCACCGAAAGAUCCUUGAAAUACUGACGGCCACCCUCGAUUCACCACUUGAAGAAGACUCUCUGCUGGAGUCCCUCCGAUGGAUCGUUGAAUUCUUGGACAUAUGCCCCGAGGAAGUGUUGCCUUUCACUCCCAAGGUCCUGGCUCACAUGCUGCCGGCUAUGGCCAGCGGUGUCGAAUCCAUCCGCCAGGCUGCUGCUCGUGUCAAUGCCGGCUUGAUGGACUACGUUGUCUCCCUGUCAGACGAGCCGGAAAUCGGCGGCGUCUACCAAUCCACAUCACGAAUUCCCAUGUCCGAACGACAAGAUGGAGCCUCUAGUGCUCGUGCUUCUCUCUCGAGUUCCCGGGACUUGGAGAUAAGGAGCCCAACUCCGGCUCAAGGUCAUAAUCGAUCCAUCUCGACGCCGACCGCGCCAUCUGCGACCGCUCAUCCCCAGGUCGAUCUGGACUACGCCGCGGCUGUCAACGCUCUGACGUUGUUGUUUCUCAACGACCAUGAGGCUACACGUGUUGCCGCUUUGACGUGGUUGAUCAUGCUCCACAGGAAAGCUCCACGAAAGGUGCUCGCUUUCAACGACGGAACAUUUCCUGCGCUGCUCAAGACGCUGUCGGAUCCAGCCGAAGCUGUCGUCACCAAGGACUUGCAAUUGCUGUCACAAAUUUCCCGCAACAGCGAAGACGACUAUUUUUCCAACUUCAUGGUUAACCUACUCCAGCUGUUUGCAACGGACAGAAAGUUGCUAGAGACUCGCGGAAACUUGAUCAUACGCCAGCUAUGCGUGAGCCUCAGUGCUGAGAGGAUCUACCGGACGCUUGCCGACUGUAUAGAAAAAGAGGAAGACGUCGAGUUCGCCAGCAUUAUGGUGCAGAACCUGAACAACAACCUCAUCACAGCGCCGGAGCUAUCGGAAUUGCGCAAGAGACUUCGCAAUUUGGAAUCCAAGGAUGGCCAAACCUUCUUCGUUGCCCUCUUCCGUUCAUGGUGUCAUAAUGCCGUGGCGACUUUCUCUCUUUGCCUGCUGGCCCAAGCCUACGAGCAGGCGUACAAUCUCCUCCAAAUCUUUGCGGAGCUGGAGAUGACGGUGAACAUUCUUAUCCAGAUUGACAAACUGGUUCAGUUGAUAGAAUCGCCUGUGUUUACCUACCUUCGUUUACAGCUGCUGGAGCCGGAAAAGUAUCCCCAUCUGUACAAGUGCCUUUAUGGGCUUCUCAUGCUCCUACCGCAGUCCUCCGCCUUCGCCGCUCUCAAGAAUCGAUUGAACAGUGUCAGCUCCAUCGGCUAUCUCCACAUCGCGCCCAAAGUCAACCCCAGCCCCGCCGCCAGCUCAAGCUACGACAGACCCAACAGGUUGAAAGGUCGGGAAGAUGGCAUCAUUCGCUGGAACGAGUUGCUCGAGAAAUUUCGCAGUGUGCAAGAAAGGGCUCGACGAGCACAAAGAUACGCCGGAGAUGUCGACAAUGGGCGCGGCAGCCUCGGUUUGGCAGACUUGCGCUUGGGGGAGGGUGCGGACGUGAAGGGGGGCAAAGAGGCUCGCAACCCCAGCGGACCGCCAGUGCCGGUAAAGGAUCCUGCGCCUCCGGCCGCGCCGCCGGCAAAGCGAGCAGGUCUCGGGAUGCGGCAGAUUAGGAACCUUGGUGGUGCUGUCAGAGGAAAACGAAAUGGUUGA